AUGCUGGGCAGCAGGGUGCAGCAGACCAUAGCCUUGAGGCCGUGCCUGAAGCAGGCCAAGUGGGACAUUCCCCCAGACAUACAUCACUGCACCACUGUGUAUCUAGGAGCUACUGCUGGCAUGAGACUUCUGAAUUACCUGUGUUAUGGUAAAGAAGAGGCUCUGCGCCAGAUCCUGGCCUACCUGGUUGAAUCAGUGAGCUCGCUGACUUGCCCGAUUUGUUGUCUGAUGCUCAGCUCAAUAGAGAUGUACCAGGCACACAUGCAGGGAAACAAACACAUUGUCAAAGAGAAGAAAGUUAUGGAACUGUGCAAAUCUCAGAAGAAAGUGUACGACUCCUUCCAGGAUGAGCUGGCUGACUACAUUCAGGUGCAGAAGGCCCGGGGACUGGAGCCCAAAGCAGGGCCGGGCACCAUAGGACAAGCAAACAAGGAUCUGGAUGAGAGUGUGAAAGAAGGUCCACAGAAAGCAGAAGAGAUGCCUCAUCCUGGCAAGCUGAUGCCUCAUCCUGGCAAGCUGGUACCACGUUUUCCGCCUCCUGGUUUCCCUCAACCUCACUGGCACCCAGACUUCCAGUCUCAGGUCAAUCAAUUUGGCUUUGGCAUGAGAGGCCCUGUACCACACUAUCGGCCGGGGUAUAUGCCCCAUGUCCAUCCUCCUUUCACACCUGGUCACCUGUGUAAAAGAGGAAGGAGCCCCGAGUCAUUUAGCUCCUCCUCUUUUUCAGACUCCUCCUCUUACACUAGCAGCAGUAGUGACAGCAGCAGCAGUUACGACAGCAAAGAGAGGAGGAGACGGAAGAGUAAGAUGAAAAAGCGAGGGAAGAGCAGAAGAGACCAGGAGGAAGGGUCUGAUACGGAACGGGGUGAAAGGAAAAAGAGGCGGAAAGGAGACAGGGGAGGAAGUGUAGAAGGAGAAGAUGAUAGAAAGAAAUGGAAGGAGAGAAGAAAAAGAGAGAGGAGCUCUAGUGAAGACGAGGAAAGCAGAGGUAAAAGAAGAGCAAGCAAGAAAAGUAGGAGGCACGGGGAUGGACAGCAUGCAAAGAGACAAAAAGAAGAGGAGCUCUUGGUCAAACAAGAGAUUGAAGUGCACGAGGAACCACAGGGAAAGAUGGAGGAACAAGUAGAAGUCAGGACAGAAACAAAAGAUGGCAAACACAAACACAAAAAAGAGAGGAAAAAAGGAAAAGAGAAGAUGAAUCAAGAAGACAACAGGACAGAGGAGGAAAGGCUCUGGGAUGAGACGAUUCUUGGUGUUUUUUAAACUUUUUUUUUUUGAUUCAAUGAUGGUCUGUCAGUAUUGUUCUAAUUAAACUGCACAGGACCUCAGAAAAGCGUUUUCCUGAAAUCCUCUAGGCUCUUUUCACUAUUUAUGCUUUCUGAAGAACUUUGAAGGCCUUUCUUUCAGAAACUCAUCUGCUCUAAAUUCCUUGUCAAGGAAUCAGAAGUGAAAAUUUUGUCGUCAUUUACUUACCCUCAUUUAAUUUCAAACCCAUAUGACUUUUAUGGAACACAAAAGUAGAUGUUUUUAAGAAUGUUCUUGCAGCUUUUUUGCAAUUCAGUGAAUGUGAAUAGAAGUUGUCAUUCUCCAAAUAUAACAAAAAAGCAGAAGUCAAUAAAACUUGUGCACUAUAUUUCAAUUAUUUCGAUUUUUGGUGAGGUACAGAUCAAAAUUGAUUCAAAAUAUUGGCUGAAAAUAAUGCUGCCUGCAAUUCCACAUUUUCAACCUUGCUGUGUCGUGAGCAGAAAUGUGAAAUGCAAAAAAACUACAGCGUUUGUUAAAAACAAAGCAAAAAUCAAAUGGCUUCAAAAGACUUUAUAUUGCACAAGUUGUAUGAAUUAACUGUCACCUUUAAGAUGCUUUUGCCAUUUUUAGUGCUUCCAACAUCCAUUCACUUUCACAGGGUGGAAAAAGAGCAACAUGAACAUUAUGCUAAACCUCUCCUUUUGUGUUCCAAUGAAGAAAGUAAGUCAGGCAGGUUUGGAAUGACA